AGAUGAAAUUGAAAAGUUCGAUUGUUUUUCAAUGUAUGUCGGGUCGUCGCAGUAAUGAAGCUGCUCUUAUUGCCGAGAAAUUAGGAUUUAAGGAUGUUUAUGAAUAAUCAUUCACCCUGGGUUCAUACCUUAUUUGAUAUAGAUACUGAAACAGCACAGUAUGUAGUAACAGAUUUAGAAUCUAAAGAGGCAUUCAUUAUUGAUCCUGUUUUAAAUUAUGAUCCAUUUUCUUGCACUGUAUCUCCUUUGUUAGCAAAAUCUUUAAUUUCGUUUAUAGAAAAAUAUCAGUUAAAUGUUACUAAAAUUAUUGACACCCAUGUUCACGCAGAUCACUUGAGUGCUGCCUUUUUCUUGAAAAAUCAAUUACCGUCCAAGCCUGAGUUUUGGAUUAGUGGAAAAAUAACUGAAAUUCAAGAAGUAUUUAAUCGAAAAUAUAAUAUAAAUCAACAAGAAUUAAAACCUACUGGAGAACAAUUUGACAAACUAGUGUCGGAAGGUAUGGAAUGGAAUCUGGGUAAAAACAUAAAUUGUAGUGUAUUGUCUACACCAGGACAUACCCCUGCUUGUAUGUCAUAUCGUAUAGGUGAUGCUGCCUUCGUAGGUGAUACUUUAUUCAUGCCUGAUAUUGGAACUGCUCGUUGUGAUUUCCCAGGUGGUAGUGCUGUAGAAAUGUAUCAUAGUAUUCAUAAAAUGUAUAAUAAUUGGCCUGAUGAUACUAGAAUUUUUGUAGGUCAUGAUUAUCCUCCUGGAGAUCGCCCAUAUCAAUCUGUAACUACAUUAGAAUAUCAUAAAAAAUUCAACAAGAUGAUAAAUGAAAAAGUUAGUUUGGAGGAGUAUGUAAAGAUGCGUAGUGAACGAGAUUCAAAAUUAAAAGCCCCUCGUUAUAUUCAUCCUUCUAUACAGACAAAUUUAAGAGGUGGUGUUUUACCUGCACCUGAAACAUCAUUGUAUGAUAAAAAGGCUUCUCAACAAUUCUUUAAAAUUCCUGUUAAAUGGGUAUCAACCCAUACAUAGCGAGAAAAAAAAACAUAACAUAUAUUAUAUAUGCGUGUUCAUUUUACACACACACAUGUAUAUACAUAUAUAAAUAUAAAAAUAUGUAUUUAUAUUUAUAUAAGAUUUUAGCUAGUUUAUAAUUUUAUUAUACAAAAUAAAUAAAAAAAGGCUGCGGAUAAUAUAUAUGCUUAUAAUUUUGUUUUUCUGGGAGUAAAAAC